AUUCCUCUCACUGCACCUACUCUUCCUUGAGCCUGGUGCAGGUGCCUUUUGGCUGAGCCGGAAGUUUCCUCAUGCCUGCCCAGAGGAGACCUCUGCUCGAAACUUUCUACUUCCAGACUGGAGUUUCCUGCAGGGAAUUAAGGCAGGGAGCAGACCUAGUCCUCGGCUCUGGCUCUCCACCCCACCACAUGCUCACAUGCUCUUCCAGGCUGCCGCUAAGCAGUGUCAUGAGUCUGGGCCAGAUGGGAGAUUAAUUCCUGGGGGCACUUUAGGGCUGAGAAGGAAAAAAAAAAUAACAGGUCUAAGGCCACCCACCCACAGAGAGGGGCAACUACCAUCCUUGGUAGUUCCUACCUCCUAGGAGACAGUAGCAUAGCCGGUCCAGAGGUCAGGCUGAGAAAGACAGCCUAAGGGGGGCCUGGGCAGAGCUGCCCUCUGCCAAAACCUAGCUUCAGCCUCUUAGCUCCUCCUCCUCAUCGCUGCCCUCACCACCCCCCAAACACGGAGAGACUUAACACCCCUGCUCCGCAGCAAGAGUCCAUCCCUCCAGACUUUGGCCUUAGCUGUAGCGAGUGUGGGAACUGGGAAGGCUGGGAGCAAAGUCUGGACGAAAAAGCUUCACACGUUGCCUGCCUGCCUGCCUGCUUUGCCCAGAGGUGAGUGGAGCCGUGGGAAUGGGCCGGGUGCUCUGAAAAGACUUGCUAGGGACGGCAUGUGUUGGUCGUUCAGGCUUCCAGCUUCACACGCUGUCCUCACACAGCAGCCCUCCCACGAUGCUGAGAUGGCCCUGGUGGGUAUCGCAGCGCAGUUUGCUAAAUGAGAAAACAGGUUCCAAGACAGUGAAGGCGUCCAGCUUCACUUUGAGGCCACCAGGGCUGAAAUGCAGGGCUCUCGACUCCAGAAGUAAGGCAAGGAUGCACCCAGAGGGUCUUGGUGUUCCUGGAUUAGUGGAAGGUACAGUGGUACCCCAGGUCCCUCUGCUCCCACACAACACGUUUGUACACAGGGCCAGCUCAGGUUGAUUUCAUUAGCUACAAACGUCAGCUUGUUUGCUAGUGUGUGGCCACAUCUGUUUGGCACAAUAAGCCAUAACCUGCCAAUCAUCUGCCAAGCAGAUGGUUUCUUGGUUGGUCUGCUCAGACCAGACAUUUCCAGCAUAGUAGACGGUAGGGGCCAGGGCUGAAGGGGCAGUGGGAAUGACAAGCUUUCCCACCCAGUCUAGGCUGCCAUCUGCAGGGCACAGCAUCUAACCAUGUGGCUGCCUCUGCUCCUGAGUGCCUUGCUGUGGGCAGUGCUGUGGUUGCUCAGAGACCGGCAGAGACUGCCUGCCAGCGAUGCUUUCAUCUUCAUCACUGGCUGUGACUCAGGCUUUGGGCGCCUUCUGGCACUGCAACUUGACCAGAAAGGCUUCCAAGUCCUGGCCAGCUGCCUGACCCCCUCUGGGGCAGAAGACCUACAGCAGAUGGCCUCCUCCCGCCUCCACACAACACUGCUGGACGUCACCGAUCCCCAGAACGUCCAGCAGGUUGCCAAGUGGGUAAAGACACACGUCGGAGAAACUGGGCUUUUUGGUCUGGUGAAUAAUGCUGGCGUGGCUGGUAUCAUCGGGCCUACACCAUGGCUGACAAGGGAUGACUUCCAGCGUGUGCUGAAUGUGAACACACUGGGUCCCAUCGGGGUCACCCUUGCCCUGCUGCCUCUGCUACAGCAGGCCCGGGGCCGGGUGGUCAACAUCACCAGCGUCCUGGGUCGUCUAGCAGCCAAUGGCGGGGGCUACUGUGUUUCCAAGUUUGGCCUGGAGGCCUUCUCGGACAGCCUGAGGCGGGACGUGGCUCCAUUUGGAGUACAAGUCUCCAUUGUGGAACCUGGCUUCUUCCGAACCCCUGUGACCAGCCUGGAGAGUCUGGAAAACACGCUGAAGGCUUGCUGGGCCCGGCUACCACCAGCGACACAGGCUCACUACGGGGAAACCUUCCUCACUUCUUAUACAGAUCUCCAAGUGCAGCGUCGCGUCAUGAACCUGAUCUGUGACCCAGACCUGGUGAAGGUGACCAGCUGCCUGGAGCAUGCCCUGACUGCUCGUCACCCCCGAACCCGCUACAGCCCGGGCUGGGAUGCCAAGCUGCUCUGGCUGCCCGCCUCCUACCUUCCGGCCAGCCUGGUGGACGCUGUGCUCACCCGGGUCCUUCCCCGGCCUGCCCAGUCAAUCUCCUGAUUCCAACUUUCCAGCAAAGGGCUGACUGUGAAGGGCAAAACAUGUCAGGAGCCAUUUUCCCAAAAAGUAUAGUAGGGACCAUUGUCCUGGGGAUGUUUGCGGAGAGCCCCACACCCCAACUGUAUUGAGAACCGUUUGUUGGCCACCCCACACCCAACUAUCUUGAGAGCUAUCUGUUAGCGGAACCCGCCCCACAUUACAAUUAUCUAGAGAACUGUCUGUGGUUGGAAUCACAAAACGAACGAUUCCGCUUGCAUAGAGAACACUAGGUGUGUCAACUCGUGACCAAGUGUCAUUGGCAACCAGAUUCUUCCGGGAUGCCUCAUGUCAAAUGAAAAAAUCUAUCAGACGGCACCUGGUAUGGUCCAGAUCCUGUACUGGUGUGGGGAAGAGGGGCUGUUUGUGUUUUCCCGCAGGAUGCUGAUAAUCCAAUAUGGGUACCUAGCAGCUGGUGCAUGCUGUGGAUUUUCCUGUCCAAAAGCCUAAAGACAGGACUAAGCCAAGAGAUCAAGGAGAUCCUGGCUUGUCAACUGAAGAGUUGCGGGAUUCCUGGGGAGCUGGCUGCAGUGGUCCGAGUGCCAAGGAUUGUUCCUCUACCCAUGUACCCAUCCCAUAAUAUUGGCAGUCAUAGCUGUUGCUGCCACAGCAGCUAGAGCUGCUGGAUUUUUCAUUAGUCAGUCAGUUGCUUCCUGUUAGCACAAAGGGUACCUUCUCAGGACAGGUUGCAAAUGCCUUGGCCAUUCUAAUUGAGCUAAAUGUGACCUUUGCUGCCCCGGCAAGGUCCCUUCCUGCCCUUGCCAUGCCCCUGCCCCCAUCCCAAGCCAAAUUCCUCAUUCAAGGGCUAUAUAAGCCACAACCAUUUCACUAAUAAAGUGACGCUUUGACAAGAGAA